AUGACCGGCUUCUCCAUCCCGACGUGCAAGGACGAGUUGCGGCGCGCGAUCCCGAUCCUGCGCGAGCACGGCCUGAAGAAAAGCGCCUGCUUCUGCGCGGAGCAGCUCGUCGGCCUCGCCGGCGGCGGCAUGGACUGCGCGUCGCCCUCGUCCGCCGCCGCGUCCGCCGGCGUCGCGACGCUCAGGGCCCUCGAGGCCGAGCCGGUCACCGACGCCUUCAUGCUCGCGAGCUCCUUCUUCGAGCUCGGCGAGUACGCGCGGUGCGCCGUCGCGCUGUGCGGCGUCGAGACCGGCGGCGGCCCGCUGCCCGCGGCCGCGCCCGCGCCCGACGCCGCGGCGCGCGACGUCUUCCUCUGGGCCUACGCGCUCUACCUCGCCGGCGAAAAGCGGCGCGAGGAGGAAAUCUGCGAGGCGUCGCGCGACGCGCUCGCGCGGGCCAAGGCCCGGAACUCUUACGCGCCGGCGCUCCGCGAUGCGCUGGCCGCGCGCAAGGCCCGGGGCGCGCUCGCGGGCCUCGGCGGCUACGCCUACGGCAUCGUGCUCAAGGAGCUCGCGCGCGCGCGCCACGGCGGCGGCGGCGACGCGGCCGCGCCGCCGGCGAUGGACGUCGACGGCGGCGGCGGCGGCGACGAGCCGCGGCCGCCGGCGCAGCCGGGCCGCAUCGCCGGCGCGGCCGUGGCCGCCGCCGAGGACGCGCCGACGGCCGAGGCGCGCGCCGUGCUCGCCGAGGCGACGCUCCAGUUCCCCUGGAACUGGUCCGCGUGGCUCGAUCUGGCGGAGCUCGACGCUCCGGAGGCCGCGGCGGCGGCGAUCGUCCGCCCGCCCGCGGGCGCGACGGCGGCCGCGCCGCCGCCGCACCCCGACGACGAACUGCUCGACGUCCACGGCCCGCGGCCCGGCGCGUCGGAGGCGCUCAUCGCCGCCUGCCACCGCGCGCACGUCGCCAUCGAGCAGCAGCGCUGCGACGAGGCGUUGGAGACGCUCGCCCGCGUCGAGGCCGUCGCGCCGGCGUCGACGUUUGCCCAGGAACGUUUCGAAGCCUUGAGGGCCGCGGACCCCUACCGCCUCGAGCAGCUCGACAUCUACUCGAACGUGCUCUACGUCAAGGAGGCGCGCGCGGAGCUCUCGCGCCUCGCGCACGCGGCGACGCGCGCGGAGAAGUACCGCCCCGAGACGUGCUGCGUCGUCGGCAACUACUACUCGCUCAAGGCCCAGCACGAGCGCGCCGUGCUCUACUUCCAGCGGGCGCUCAAGCUCGACCGGGGCUGCCUGAGCGCGUGGACCUUGAUGGGCCACGAGUACAUCGAGAUGAAGAACACGGCGGCGGCCAUCGAGGCCUACCGGCGCGCCGUCGACGUCAACGCGCGCGACUACCGCGCCUGGUACGGCCUGGGCCAGACCUACGAGAUCCUCAACAUGUACUUUUACGCGCUCUACUACUACCGCAAGGCCGCGCGGCUCCGGCCCUACGACGCGCGCAUGUGGAUCGCCAUCGCCCAGUGCCACGAGAAGCUCCACCGCGUCGACGACGCCAUCAAGGGCUACGAGCGCGCGGCGGCCCACGACGACGCGGAGGGCCACGCGACGAUCAAGCUCGCGCGGCUCCACCGGUCGCGCAACGACCACGACAAGGCCGUCGCCUGCUUCCAGGCCUACGUGGACCUGCACGGCCAGGGCGAGGAGAUCGUCGACGCGACGGCCGAGGCGCUGCUGUAUCUGGCGUCGAAGCACAAGCAGAAGGCCGACUACGCGGCCGCGCAGGCGUGCCUCGCGCGGCUCCUCGACUACGGCGGGCCGGAGAAGCUCGAGGCCCAGGCCAUGCUCCGCGAGCUCCGGUCCCUCAUCGACACGACCGCCGCGCCGCCCGCGCGCCUCAAGGCGAGCGGUCGCAUGGCGGCCCUGCGCGGCAAGAUCAACGAGAAGGAGCGCGACGGCCGGCCCGCGGCGGAGCUCGCGCGCCUCACGCACGCGCUGUGGGGCCUGGACCACUAUCCGUCGUACCUGAAGCGCUGGCGCGACGGCGACAUCGCGGAGCUCGAGGACCAGCUCGAGCGGACGCUCGCGACCGUCAGGGCGGCGCGCCGGGCGAACAAAGAGGAGGCCGCGGGCGUCGUCGAAACGGAAAAGCUCCGCGAGCUCCGGGAUCCGGCGAACUGGCGCGUCGGCGACGUCGUCGCGCCGCGGCUCGCCAAGGUCCUGGGCUGGGACGCGUGUCCGUCGAUGGCCGACGCGCUCGCGGCGCCGCGAAAAGCCGCGCCCGCGCGCGGCGUCCUCGCGCUCCUCGACGAGGUCGUCGAUGAUGUGUAUAGCAUCGAUGUACUUACACCGGCCUUCUGCGAGCGGCUCCUGGAGGCCGUCGACGGCGCGCGGUCCGACGACGGCGAGCCCUUGCCGCGCGCGAACCUCGACGUCGUCGGCUGCUCGUGGCUCGGCGACGUGUUGCUGGCCGUGGGCGCCCAGGUCCAGGCCGCGGCGCACCCGGCGGAGACGCUGGGCGGCGCGCUGGACUGGCGCCACGCCUACGUGCUAAAGUACGAGCCGACGGGGCGCGACUCGCUCGUGCACCACACGGACGACUCGGAGAUCACGGUGAACAUCUGCCUCGGCCGCGACUUCGCGGGCGGCGACCUGCUCCUCGGCGGCGUCCGCGGCGCGCCGGACGAGACGAGCGCCCGCGUCGACCGCGUCGCGCCGAAACGCGGCGUCGCGACGGUGCACCUCGGCCGCCACCUCCACGCGGUCGACACGGUCACGCGCGGCGAGCGCCGCGUGCUCAUCUGCUGGUGCCGGUCGCUGUCCGGCGCCCGGUCGUCCGUCUGCCCCUGCUGCUGGAUGAACCGCCGCGCGGGCGGCGCGUCCGCCGGGGACUGCAUCUGCGGGCCCGCGUGGAACUCGUAA